CGCUUAUCAUUCAUAUAUAAACUCACUCAAAUACUGCUCAUGCAGCAUCAGUAAAGUAGACUUACGCGAAUCAUCAUCGAACAUGUUACUCUGUGAUCACAGGAUGGUGGAAGGAAGUCCAUUGCGGUACACCUACGAUAAUUCCUAUCAACCGGAUAAGACUUGUAGUUUAUUCCGGCCGUAUUUGCAAGUACAUCACACCAACGAUUAUUAUCCAUACGUGCAGGAGGAUAUACUAGGCCAUACAAAUAUGAGCGACAGCGAAGGUUCGAUAUCAAGCGCAUCUAGCCUAGACUCACCGAAAGAAAAGUCUCUCAAGUGCUGCUGGCGUAACUGCGGGAUAAACUUCGUCACAUUAGACCAGCUUGCAGCUCACGUUGGGAAGGUACACGGUGCAAGCGGACCUGCAGGACUCUUCUACUGUGGAUGGGAAGGAUGUACACGUAAUGACCGCGCGUUCAAUGCAAGGUAUAAAAUGUUAGUUCACGUUCGGACGCAUACAAAUGAAAAACCUCACCAGUGUUAUCAAUGCGACAAGUCAUUCUCGCGUGCGGAGAAUUUAAAAAUUCAUAUUCGGUCGCACAGCGGUGAAAAACCCUACGCAUGCCCAGUGCCCGGAUGCAAUAAGGCUUACUCCAACUCCAGCGAUCGUUUUAAACACACACGUACCCACCAAGAUGAUAAACCCUACCCGUGUAAGGUGCCUGGAUGUUCAAAACGCUACACCGACCCGAGUAGUCUACGAAAACGUAAAACGUACAAGCAUUACGCGACAGAAAAUCUGCAAAUGGCUGCCGUCAAUGACAAGCACCACGGCCAGUCGGAGUAUGCGUACAAGGAAAAUUAUACAUGGAGCGGUAUGAUUGGCCGAUACGAGAUGGACAUUGACACGCCGCUGGAUUUAAGCAUUUCGCGAAAAACUUAAAUUAUUUAUGCAUCAAAACUGGUUAAUAAUGACUGAUAUAACCUAGCUUUAAAUCGUACUGAGUAUUAUACGAGUUGUUGUGUUGUUUGUUUGUUGUUUUCAAAUAUUGUGAUAAUAAAAGUAGUAAAUUUA